UUAAUCCUUUCUUUUCUAAAUAGAACGAAAGGCUCUGGAUGGUAAGUUACAACCAGGUGCACCACAAAAGCCUUAAGAAAAUAAUCAGUGGAUUCUGUUUUUGUCUUUUUGAACCACAACUUUCUUCUGUGGAAUAAUGUAGAAUUUAAUUACUAUAGUAGAUAUUUUUGAUCUGAAAGAAAAGGAGAUGAUUCAGCUUGUGAUGAUACUUGGGAAAGAGCCACCUGCCCUAAAAGUAUGGUCUAGCAUCCUGUCUGCUGUUACUUUAAGACACCAGAGGUCUGUUAGUUUUUGUCAUUUUCUAUAUUGUGUUGGGAAGUUAGCAGGAUAACUGUCUUUUCAUUUUACCAGAUUUAUAGACUACUGAAAAUGUGCUUUCAGAUCUGCAGAUAUGAAUUAAUAACUCCUGUGCCAGGGCUCAUAGACCACAUUGAGGAAACCACAUCACAUUUGGCUAUUAUGUCUCCUUAGGCUCCUCUUGGCUGUGACAGUUUCUCAGACUUUCCUUCUUUUUGAAGACCUUGACAGUUUUGAGGAAUGCUGAUCAGAAAAUGUCUGUGAUGUUGGACGAUCAUUACUUUUGGAAGGCUGGUUAACAUCCAUUUCCUGCGAGAGAGUUGACCACCAUUUGCUCUGGCAUGGCGCAAAGCAGUCCACAGCUUGAUAUUCAGGUUCUUCAUGACCUCCGACAACGUUUCCCUGAAAUUCCAGAGGGUGUGGUGUCUCAGUGCAUGUUACAGAAUAACAACAAUCUUGAAGCCUGUUGCCGAGCCCUUUCCCAGGAGAGUAGCAAAUACUUAUAUAUGGAGUACCAUAGUCCAGAUGACAAUAGAAUGAAUAGAAAUCGCCUUUUGCAUAUUAACCUGGGUAUCCAUUCUCCUAGUAGCUACCACCCAGGAGAUGGAGCUCAACUUAAUGGUGGUCGAACACUGGUACAUAGCUCAAGUGAUGGACAUAUUGAUCCACAGCAUACAGCAGGUAAACAGCUGAUCUGUUUAGUUCAGGAACCACACUCAGCUCCAGCUGUUGUGGCUGCUACUCCCAACUACAAUCCAUUUUUUAUGAAUGAACAGAACAGAAGUGCAGCUACUCCUCCUUCACAGCCACCUCAGCAACCAUCUUCCAUGCAAACAGGAAUAAAUCCUGCUAUGCAAGGGCCUUCACCACCACCACCUCCAUCAUACAUGCACAUACCUCGGUAUAGUACAAAUCCAAUUACUGUUACAGUAUCCCAGAAUCUCCCUUCUGGACAGACUGUACCAAGAGCUUUACAGAUUCUUCCACAAAUUCCAAGCAAUCUCUAUGGGUCUCCUGGUUCUAUUUAUAUUAGACAGACAUCUCAAAGCUCAUCAGGAAGACAAACUCCUCAGAGUACGCCAUGGCAGUCCUCACCACAGGGCCCAGUGCCUCAUUACAGUCAACGUCCUUUACCUGUGUAUCCACACCAACAGAACUAUCAACCUUCUCAGUAUUCUCCCAAACAGCAGCAGAUCCCACAGUCAGCUUACCAUUCACCACCUCCUUCUCAGUGUCCUUCACCUUUCAGCUCUCCACAGCAUCAAGUGCAACCUUCCCAGUUGGGCCACCCAAGCUCCCACGUGUUUAUGCCACCUAGUCCUUCCACUACUCCACCCCAUGUAUAUCAACAAGGAGCUCCUAGCUAUCAGAAACAAGGAAGCCAUUCAGUAGCUUAUCUCCCAUACACAGCAUCUAGCUUACCCAAAGGUUCCAUGAAGAAGAUAGAAAUUACAGUUGAACCUUCUCAAAGACCUGGGACAGCAAUUACUAGGAGUCCAUCACCCAUCAGUAAUCAGCCAUCUCCACGGAAUCAGCAUUCACUGUACACAGCUACCACACCACCUUCAAGUUCUCCUUCAAGAGGGAUAUGCAAUCAACCAAAACCACCAUUUAGUGUUAAUCCUGUGUAUAUUACAUAUACACAGCCAACUGGACCUCCGUCGCCAUCUCCUCGGGUGAUACCAAACCCAACUACGGUUUUUAAAAUUACCGUAGGCCGAGCAACGACCGAAAACCUUUUAAAUUUAGUGGACCAAGAAGAGCGCUCUGCAGCACCAGAACCUAUUCAGCCCAUUUCAGUGAUACCAGGCUCUGGAGGAGAAAAGGGAAGCCAUAAAUAUCAGAGAAGUUCUAGUUCUGGAUCAGAUGACUAUGCCUAUACACAAGCUUUGCUGUUACAUCAGCGAGCAAGGAUGGAGAGGUUAGCAAAGCAAUUGAAACUUGAAAAAGAGGAGCUAGAGCGGCUGAAGGCUGAAGUUAAUGGUAUGGAGCAUGACCUGAUGCAGAGACGGCUUAGAAGGGUCAGCUGCACUACUGCAAUCCCCACGCCUGAGGAAAUGACAAGAUUGAGAAGCACGAACAGACAACUCCAGAUAAAUGUUGACUGUACACUGAAAGAAGUUGACCUCCUUCAAUCUAGAGGAAACUUUGAUCCCAAAGCCAUGAAUAAUUUUUAUGACAACAUAGAACCUGGCCCAAUUGUACCACCAAAACCAUCUAAAAAAGACUCCUCAGACCCCUGCACAAUUGAGAGAAAAGCCCGAAGAAUUAGCGUGACUUCCAAAGUACAGGCAGAUGUCCAUGACACCCAGGCAGCAGCCGCAGAUGAGCAUCUAAGUGGCUCCAAACAGAGUCCUCACACACAACCUCGAGAUGAAGACUAUGAAGGAGCUCCAUGGAAUUGUGACAGCUGUACCUUUCUCAACCACCCAGCGCUGAAUCGCUGUGAGCAGUGCGAAAUGCCACGGUACACAUGAAUUCAGAAAAGUUGGCACCAGGUUGAGAGUGAAACUUUAAGCACCCACCAGAAGAAAAGGAAACCUUGGGAAUCUGUUCAUCUGCCCAGCCUUUUCAUUUCUGAUUGCAUGGGGGGGGGGGAGGAACAGCACUAUGGCCACUGCUCACAAAAGGAAAAAUAGGGAGGUCUUUCUUUUUUCCUUUCUUAACUCAUUGCAGAGUGUGAAGUAGAAGGGGAUACUUGAAACUGGGAAAGGAUUCACUCCUGAAAGAAUGUACACAGAGAAGUCAAGAGGUCUUCUGUAGAAUCCCAAUUAUUAAGUUACUGCUGAGUGGCCCUUAUUGUUUAAAGUCAAUCUUUGAAUCAUGGUAUGAAAUGUUACAGUUUAUGCAGACAAACUGUGAAUUCCAGAGCAGACUUACCUGGUCACAGCUCUCUGGAAAACCAAGGCUCUCUGUGCUUCUUCCUGCUGCUUCCUGUAAAGGGAAGGGCAGGAAAAAGCACCCAGGAUUAUUUUUUUCUUUUUUGGCAAAAUAAUGAGGGUAUUUGUAAUUGCUGCUUUUUUCAGAGGUAAUUUCAAACACACAUACAUACACAAACAAUAUACUUUAAAAUGUGAUUUGUAGCAGUCAGGAGUUAGGCUUAUCAGGCCCUUAGUAGCAAAGUACAAUCAGAGGUGUAAAGAUCCCUUUGGCUUGUACAAUGAUUCAUCAAGCUAUAUCAACACUGGUAACUAAGAGAUAGAUUUUUUUAAGUUACUGUAUGUUUUUAUUAUACCAUUGGUUUAAAAAAUAAAGUAUGAUUUAAUAAAUGACAUUCUCAUAAAAUUGUGCUUUGCCAGUAGCACAGUGAGUGUAUGCCAAAUGCAAGUCCAUUCCAAAACCCAUGUGGACAUGUUGAGUUCAGCUGUGUUUCUUAAGAAAUAUUUGCAACUCAUAGGGCCUGUCUCCACCUCCUUCCAACUUUGUGAUGAAUUCAUAAUGUUUACAGCACAGAUAAUAGUUUGUGUCAUAAUCCUAAUUUAGCUGAAAAAAGUCAGUAUGACCUGUUCAACAAAGAUGUGUUUGCACAUCAAUAAACUGAAGUGAAGGAAAUUGUAGUUGGCCAAUGUCAUAAAGUGCACAGGAUUAGCAAGAGAAGGCUAGUCAAGAAAUACUACUAGGGGCUGAAGAUGUGGCUCAGAUAGAAUGCCUGCCUAGUAAGCACAAAGCCCAAAGUUCAACCCCAAUACCAGCCACCCCCACACACAAAGAAGAAAAAAAUUGAAAAGCAACUUUUCAGAAAUACUGAAUUUGUUAAGAUAGUUUAGAUAAUAUUCCAGGACUAUUUAUGAAACAAUUGUGAGUGUGGAUAAAGUGAAGAGAUAAAAUCACAUGAUUUACAAUUCAUUACUGGAAAAUUAAUAGCACAUUUAAAUAAUUUCUCUGCCAUUGAUGAAUUUCCUUCUUGGCUCAGAUUUGGGUUUUGGAAUCUCCUUCCAUUUUGGUGAACAUAAACAGCAAUAAAGUUGGUAGGUUUUCCCGUCCUGAAGGAUUUUACCUGAGGUUGUAGCCUUAGGAAUACCAGAUGUCCCCCUGUGUACACUAACACACUCUUUGUGCUGUCAUUGUAAUUUAGCAGUAAUCUCUGGCAGACCUGGAAAAACAAGCUGCACUUAAUAGCAUAAUGAAACCAAAGGCAUAACUCAUCAUAGUUUUCCAUCAGAAUCAGAAUUUCACACGCUACCUAGAGCAUUCAAAAAAUUUUCCUUAUGUGCAAAACUCCCCAUAUUAUAUCCACUCGUUUCCCAAAGUAAGCAUGGUUACAUAAUUAUACUGAUAAAGCAUCUCUCAUACAACUGCAGCAAAACUGUGAAAAUAAUGGUGAGAAAGUAGACAGGCUUAAAAGCAUGGGCUUGAAAACAGCAUUCUUCAAAGGCUUUUAUAACACUGGUCUCCGUCAGUCUCUAAUAACAGCCUUGCACUCGUAUGGUUCCAUAUCUCGUUAGUGAUGGUCAAUCCUACUUGAUGUUAGGAAACAGUGUAGGGGAUACACACACACAGCUUGGUGUUGUAGCUAAAAGGUUUACCAGUAUUCAUAGUGUGAUGUUGAAAUGGCAGCAGUUAAUUUGGCAGUUGACAGUUGAAAAUGAAAGUAGCAUGUCUGAAAACCAUCUGAUGCUUUAUUAAAACCAUGUAGAUGACCUUAAAACUAUUGCAUGAAAAUACAUCAAGGUUAAUAUGCUGUUAUCAUACAGUAAAUGCAUGGUUUCAGUCCUUUGAUGACACAUCUAAUCAGUCAUUGCUUUCACCUGCCAGGAGAAGUGAGGAAACAGUUGAUUUACUAAGUGUGGAGAGUGGGGUAUGAGACAUCAGAGAUUGACUUUAUGGAAGUUUUGAACAUGUUAAUUUUUAAUUGUGUACAAGUUUCAUAUGCCAACAUUGGCUGUAUUCAGUUUGUAAUAGUGAGCAAAAUAAUUUGACACUGAUAAAUUUGAUAUAUUUAACUGUGUCCCGUAUAUAGACUGCUUCUUGCUUAAGACCAGUUUGAAUAAGAAUUCACCCAUCUUUUGAGGUGCUUUACAGAGGGAUCUCCUAUUCAGAAUGGUAUGCAUAAACAGUUGGCAUAUAAACAGAUUAUGAAAUUGGGGGAUGCCUGACUGCUGGGGUGCCUAUGCCCUUUGGAUCAGGUGGUGUACUCCUCGUUUCUUAUAAGAGGCUUUCUUUAAAAUCCUAGUUUGAUAUAUCUGGUAACAUAGACCUGACUAUACACUUUGCAUCGUUUCACUGUUUUUUAAACUGGGUUUUUAGAAAGCACAUUUGACAUUCUGUUAAAAAAGCAUUGCCCCAUAAGUUUUGGAGUUCUGAAAAAGUUUAAAGUGGAAAUAGAGGAGCCAGAAACUUCUAAACAUUGUAAAAUGUUUCAAGUUCAUAUUGAUCUAGUUUGAGAGAAAGUAGAGGGAUUUUAAAGAAAUGCAUAGUAAAAAAAAUGUAGUUUUAGAGCAGAUUAAUGAUGGUGGGGGAAAGUGUUGCUACUUUGUUUAUUUCCCUAAAAGAAAUGGGAAGUGUGAAAAGCAGUUUAAUUUUUAAGGAGCUGGUCUCAACUUUAGUACCUUUUAAUUAUGAAAGAAAUCAAUGUUUCCUUAAAUUUUUGUCAUUGCUUUGUCACAGUUACCUAGGGUUCAUAUCCAACUUUUGUGGCAACUCAAGCUUAAAUAGUCUUUUAAAAGGUUAUUGUAAUGUCCUUCUGACAGUAUAAACAGAAAGCAAGAAUAUAAAGCAUAGAAUUGUUCUUUAAAAAUAUCAAUGAUGUAUCCUGGAAUGUGAAGAUGACCCUUUAUAGUUAUAAAUUGAAUUAUUUUAAUAUUGUACCAUUGUUAGACCUUGAAUGAGUCCAUGUUACAGUGUGUGUGUAUCUGUAGAGAAAGGACAAUUGAAAUGUUACUUUAAAAAAAUCAAAAUUGGUCACUGCCUUUGUUGCACCACUACUGUAUCUUUUUGAAAGAAUUAACAGUAUUUUCCUAUUGUGAAAGUUAAUUCUGAUAAUGUUUUCACAUUCACCAUUUUCUUCUGUAUUAUUUGCUUCCCCAAAUAUUUAAUACAAGUAGAUUUUGCAUGGCUUGGGCAUUCAGAGAUUAAUAGAAUGAUGACUCAAUUUUAAUUUCUAAAGCCAUGAAAAGUUGCUUUGAGACUGAACAAUUCUGAGUUCUUAUUUAUAACAACACCCAAUGUCCAUGUUUCUUUCCCUUCUGUAAAAGAAUUGAUCAGUUUCUUCAUUAAAGCAGCAAGAAAUUAUUAAAUCUUGUAAAUACCAUGUGUCCUUUAGAUUUCUGUGUAUGCUGUGAAUGAGUUAUUUUGAGAUGAAGUUGUACAAAGGCAUUUUAAAAGCUAUGCAUGCAUCGUACCUCCAAACAGUACAUAUUUAGAAAGUCAAAGUUCUGCAAAAUAAAUUAAUAAACUAAA